AUGGAGUCCGGCCAGCUCCUUCGCCGACCCGCGCCGUCCGCCGGCUCCGAACCAAGCGUCCGGGGCGGCUGGCGCGCGGCGUUCUACCUCGUCGUGGUCGCGUUCUUGGAGCGCCUCGGAUUCUACGGCGUGCAGGGCAACCUGAUCAUGUACCUGACCGGGCCGCUCGGCAUGCCCACGGCGGCCGCGGCCGCCGGCGUGAACGCGUGGGCCGGCACCGUGCAGGUGCUGCCGCUUGUCGGCGCGCUCGCCGCCGACACGCGCCUCGGGCGGUACCGCGCGGUCCUGGCCGCCGGCGUGCUCUAUCUGCUGAGCUUGGGGAUGCCGACGGCCUCAUCCGCGCUGCAAGCAGCGCUGCCUCACUCCGCGAGCUCGCCGCCGUCGACGUCUCCUGCGCACCUCACCUUCAUCUACGUCGCGCUCUACCUGCUGGCGCUGGCGCAGGGCUUCCACAGGCCGUGCGCGGAAGCCCUCGGCGGGGACCAGUUCGCGCUGAGGGACGGCGGUGACCCCGGCUCGCCCGCCGCGUCACGGAGCUCCUACUUCAACUGGUUCCACUUCUCCAUCUCGUGGGGCUACGCCACGUCCACGACAGUGCUGAGCUACGUCGAGGACAACGCCGGCUGGACCGCCGGGUUCGGCGCGUGCUGGGCCAUGAUGGUGCUCAGCCUUGCCGUCUUCUUGCUCGGCGCACGGGCGUAUCGUGCUGAGGAACCCGUCGACGCCAGCCGAUUCGUCGAGACCGCGCGAGCAUGGGCCGCGAGGUUCUUCCGCCGCAAGGAUGCCACUAGCACCGAACGACUUCUAGAUCGACAACCCGAGGAGGUUAAAGGAGUCAUCGUGAAGCUGCUCCCAAUAUGGUGUGGUGCCAUGGUCUACGCGGCCGUCACUUCGCAGGUCUACACUCUGUUCACCAAGCAGGGCAGCACGCUGGACCGGCGCCUCGGCACGGGGCUCGUCGUGCCACCCGCGGCGCUCCAGUGCCUGAUCAGCUUCACCUUCAUCACCAUGCUCCCGGUAUAUGACCGCAUCCUCAUUCCGCUAGCUAAGAAAUACUCAAAGAACACUUGUUGUAUCACGACAUUGCAACGAAUUGGAAUUGGGUUGGUUAUUUCUGUGAUCCCGAUGAUUGUUGCAGCCCUUGUGGAGAUGAGAAGGCUCAGGAUAGCAAGAGACUAUGGCCUAGUGGACAAACCUGAGGUCACAAUCCCUAUGAGUGUCUGGUGGGUUGUCCCUCAGUUCAUUCUGUCUGGCUUGGCGGAUGUGUUCACAAUUGUGGGCUUGCAAGAAUUCUUCUAUGAUCAAGUACCAGAUGGUUUGCGCAGUUUGGGCCUUGCUUUAUACUUGAGCAUAUUUGGAAUCAGGAGCUUCAUCAAUAGCUUUCUUGUGUAUGCAAUCGACAAGGUGACCAGUAGGGAAGGAGACAGUUGGUUCUCUAACAAUCUAAACCGAGGGCAUCUUGACUACUUCUAUUGGCUUUUGGCUGUGCUCAAUGUUUUCGGUUUGGCUGCAUACCUGUACUUUUCACGAGUGUACGCCCACAAGAAAAAAGGGCAGGGGCUUUUAGUACAGUGAUUGUCUACCAACACCCAUUAGGGAUAAAAUAUGCCAGAGCAACGCAUGUGGACAGUGGAUACCUCUCGGUCGUCAUGGCAGGUUUUUGUGGAAUUUCUGCAAAGGCUCAGGCUGGAAGAUGGUUUGCAGCUUAUCUAUCAUUGGAGAAUACAGAUGUCGUACAGUAUCAUUAACACAGAUGUUGUACUUAUUCUUUUCCCUGUGUAAUCUCAGUUUUGAACUGAAUUUUGAUAUGCUAAAGCUACAUGAUAGAAUGACUGGUUGCGAAAUGCCAGCUUUCUCCGAA